AUGACGUGCUGCACGAAAAACGUGCUGCGGCACGUUUACGUUAACGCACUAUUCCCAUACUUGGAUAAUAAUAAAAUACAAUUCCCUAGUGCCCAACGUCAACCAAAUAAUAGUAUUGAGUGUGGGCUAUUCGCCAUUUGUUUUUCCACCGCUUUAGCUUUGAGAGUUAAUCCAUCCUGUAUCAAUUUCAUUGCCGAGGACAUGCGACGUCAUUUGUUUGAUAUGUUAUCUCGAGGUGUAUUAGAACUUUUCCCAUCAACUAAUACCGCAAGAAGAGCUGGCCGACCCCCAGCAAAUUUGUUCCUUAAUAUACUAGCAAAGAAAGAAAAAUGUAAAAUUAAGGUUGCCGAAAAGAAAAAAAACAAAAGGCCUCAAAAGACACAGUUUCAAGAAAAUGAAAGUCAAAACGUUAAUUACAAGAAAAACAUUGAAUACCCCACAUUUACAGAUAAUACGCAGAUAUUUGAAAGUCCAACGUCUACAAGUAUCACGCAGAUAUUUGAAAGUCCAAAGUUUACAGGUAGUACGCAGAUAAUUGAAAGUCCAACAUUUACAGAUGAAUCACAGAAAGACAAAAAUCCGACUAAUAAUAUCCAGACCAUUGACUGUUUAGCACUUAUGUAUAGUACUCAAGAAAAACCAAGUCCUACAUUAAGACGUGCCAACAACGAACAUACUGGGUCCGGCCAAGCCAAACGUAGAAGAAAAAAUACUGAUUACACACAGACUACGCAAAUACGAAAUACUGAGAGCCACAGGUCCACUCGUCAGAUUCCCGUCAUUAUACAGGCAGAGCAACAACGCAACAUGCAGGCUCAUCGGUUAGCUCGUGAAAACCCUAUCUUCCGGGAUACAGAACAGCAGCGAAAUACGCAUGCUCACCGCAUAGCUCGGGAAAACCCAGUCUUCCGUGAUAUAAAGCAACGGCGUGAUACCCAGGCUCACCAAAUAGCUCGCGAACAUCCAUAUUAUUCACAAAUUGAACGAGCUAGAGACACCAGAGCUCGACAAUUGGCGCGUUGUAAUUCUAUUAAUGAUUGGGAUAAUGUUAAACGAAAAUAUUUUGUUAACACCAAGGAAGGAUACAAUCAUCCUUGUUCAUGUUGUGGUAGAUUAUGGCACAAAAAUUCUGUAAGGAAAAUAAUAAAGCAUUCUAUUUCGACAAAAUAUAAUGCAGAAUUCGCGUUAAGUGUAUUUAAUUUAAAUCCUUGUGAUGAAUCUGCUGAGUUUUACUUAAACGCUUUGCCUCGGUCGAUAAAUGAUGACAAUGUCAUCACUGUAGAGUUGAAGCGUAAAUUCUGUUAUAAACAUGGUCGAAAAGAACAAGUCCGCCCGGAAAUCAUACGGAGUGCAGCGGAAUAUUUAGCAACGUGUGAUCUGUUUCGGACAUAUGGUAUAGAACUUGAAGGUUCAUGGACAAAUAAUGAACCUGAAGACACUGUCGAAUGUACCUGUAGUUCAUCUGAGCAGGAGAGCAAUGUUGAUGAGAUCCCUGAUGAAAACCAAGACCUAACAAUAGUUAUGGCUCCAGGAGAAGCUAGUUCAAUAGAAACUCUCAAUGACAGUUCUCAAGCAAUUAAUUAUUCCCAGGCUGUUGAAGAAGUUGAAGCGGAAGGGAAUUGGAUUCCUUUGCAAGAUAAUUUAGGAUACAUACGGAAAAGAACUAAAACUCGAGUAAUACGAUUUCGCCGGUACAGUUACAUUGAUGAUCCAGACAAUUUCUAUAGGGAACAGAUAAUGCUAUACAUGCCUUGGCGAAGCAAGAAGGAAGAAUUACUAAAUCCCAACAUAAAUAUAAAGGACAUAUUUGACGAGUAUAAAGAAAGAAUAAAGGCCGAAAGUAAACAAUUCAAUAAACUAGGUGAUGCUGAAAUGUUUGAAACAUUGCUAACAGAAAUAAGAAAUGUAGAAUUAAUAAACGAAGAAGAAGAUUUGCAAGGAAGAGGAUUCAACGUGGAUGUAUUUGAAGGCUUUGAAAUUGAGACGCAAACAGUAGAUAUAGCAGAAGAACUCAUUCCAGGCGGAAAUCCCGGGCCGCAAUUGUGUGUGGUAGUAGUUGGAGACUUCAGACAAUUACCACGUGUUGGCGACAACUGGGUGUUUCAAGCUAAUUCUCGAAAUCCUUUAGCAGAAAUAGCAGGUACGCCGCUUUGGCAUUUAUUUGUACUGACAGAGCUUAAAGAAAUAAUGCGUCAAAGGGAUGAUGUUGCCCUUGCAAUGGCAUUAAAUAAUAUGGCUAGUGGAUGUAUGUCACCUGAAGAUGUCAAUUUAAUUGAAGGUCGGUGCUUUAGUAACUCAUCGCUUCCAGACACGUGUAAGGACGCAGUUCAUCUAUUCAGCAGUAACCGAGAAGUUGAUGAGCAUAAUUCUAAAAUACUCUCAAAUAUGACUACCGAAGGAGCGAUAUCCCGGGCUGUGGAUAGAGUAAGUGGCGAAGCUAAUCCUGCUAUGAAAGAAAAAGCUCUAAACACAGUUGCCAAGUUACCUACAUCUAAAAGUCACGGCUAA